AUGAGGGCGUUUAAGCCAAACAAUCCAAGUGGUGGAGGGGAUGAAGAAGAAGAAGAAAGGCGUAAAAAGUUUACCGAUAUCUCUAAAGAUCUAAGUUCUUUGUGGGGGAGAAAGAAGAUGCGAACACCACCCGAGGCGGAGGCGGCGGCGGCGGAGGGUUUAUUGAACCUGGGGAGAGGUAAAGAAGGCCCCUACUGCCAUAGCGCUUGCUUUCGCGAUGGGAUCGGCCGCCAUUUGUUCUACUGCAACUGCAAGAACCCAGCCGGUGAGGAUAAUGCCGCCGCUCAUCGCAACAAGGUACCGGAGGCUUUUGAUCUCAACCAGCUGCCGCCGCCGCCGCCGCCGGAGAAAUCUGAUGAUGAAGAAAUUCAGGGCGGAGGAGAGCCACAUGAGGCGGCGCCGGCGGCCGCCGCUGAAGGAGAUGAACAUAUCCAGGAGCCUGGCAGUUCCAAUGAAGAUAGUGAAAUGGAAGAAUCCGGUGGCAGCUCCAAGAACUCGCCGUCGUCGCCGUCGACGGACCCGGACCCUGUUUGCCCCUACUGCGAUAGGUUUUACUUUGGCGGCGAGGGGCUCGGCAGCCUGUUCUGCUGCAACUGCGGUUACCAAUCUGAUGAGGAUGCCCAUUACAAGCCGCCGCCGCAGGAGUAA